AUGAAGAGUGUGGGUGGCACAGGGGGUCAGAAGGCGCGGCCGGAGAGCAAGGCUGGGAAACCGGCGGCGAAAGCGCCAGUGCCGCCGCCCAAGGAGGACCGAGAGUUGCCGUUGCCGCCCUUUAUCACCGUCAACAGCCUCGCCAAGGCGAUGGGCAUCAAAAUGAAAACGCUGCAGGGCAAGAUGACCGGUCUUGGGCAUACAGACGUGCGACCGGAUCUGCUGCUGUCAUUUGAAGAGGCCGAAGUCAUCUUGCUGGAGAUGGAUCAAUUUGCUGUUCCUAUGGACGCCUCGUCGUCGCAGGCCUUUGAUGUAUACCCGCGCCCGCCGCUGUCCGACUCGGAGCGAGCAAAAGCGCCCCUUAGACCUCCGAUUGUGACCAUCAUGGGUCAUGUCGACCAUGGCAAGACGACGCUGCUGGACCGGCUGAGGAGCACGAGCGUGGCUGCGGGCGAAGCAGGUGGAAUCACACAGCACAUUGGUGCAUUCAGCGUGCCAGUCGGCAAGAAGGCAUCGUCCUCGUCAUCGGGCUCCCAGCCCAGAAUCACCUUUCUCGACACACCGGGCCACGCUGCCUUUUCAGCCAUGCGCUCUCGCGGUGCUCAACUUACUGACAUCGUGGUCCUUGUCGUUGCCGCCGACGACGGUGUCAUGCCCCAGACGAAAGAGGUGAUUCAGGUUGUGGACCAGCUCCAGUCCGAGUCUCGCUCCUCGCGCGCCUCGCAUGGCACAGUCCAGCUCGUUGUUGCCCUCAAUAAGGUCGACAAGCCAGAAGCAGACGUCGAAAAGGUCAAACGAGACCUGCUCAGCGCCGGCGUGCAGCUUGAAGACUUUGGCGGCGAUAUUCCCUGCGUCGAGAUUUCGGGAAAGACUGGCCAGGGCCUGGACAGGCUCGAGGAGACGCUUCUGGCACUCAGCGAGCUGGCUGAGCUCAGAUCCGAGGCAGUCGGCGCAGUCGAAGGCCUCAUCCUCGAGUCGAGGGUGGAAAAAGGGCGAGGCAACACGGCGACGGUGCUCAUCAAGCGAGGCCAGGUUCAGGUGGGCGAUAUCAUCGUGGCUGGGACGUCAUUUGCCAAAGUCAAAGGUCUCUCCGACGAGGGCAACCGGCCACAGAAGUCCGCGGGCCCAGGCGAUGCCGUACUCGUCAUGGGAUGGAGAAGCUUGCCUCACGCUGGCGACGAGGUCCUCGGCGUCGUGGACCAGAGUGGCGUUGGGGCUGAGCUGCUUGCCAAGAAGGCCGUCGAAAGGAGGACACGAGUGGAAGAGCAGAGGAAGCUGAGCGAAGAUGUUGUGGCGGUCAACGAAGGAAGGAGGAUAAAGGCCGAGGAGGACGAGAAGCGCGACAGGGAAGCUUUCGAACAGAGGCAGCGCGCAAGGGAAGCCAGGAUGCAGCAAGCGGCUGGACAAGGCGGAGCGAAUUCUGCUGGGACUGUUGAUGCUGUUGCUGCUGCUGCAACCGAAGAGAAGCAGAACGCGGAGGCAGAAGACGAGAUGGGGGCCGAGGCCCGAAGCAAGAAGCAGGAGCUUAGGUUGGUCGUCAAGGCCGACUUCAGUGGUACGGUUGAGGCAGUCUUGGGAGCCAUCAGCGGCAUUGGAAACGCCGAUGUAUGCGUGAAGAUUGUCUCUUCCGGCGUCGGGGAGCCAAACGAGGGCGACAUUGCCAUGGCCCAAGCCGUCGGGAAGUGCGAAGUCAUCGGCUUCAACGUCAAGCCGUCCAAGCAAAUUCUCAAUCUAGCCACAAAAGCCCACCCGACGCCCGUCAAGGUGCACUGCGACUCGGUCAUUUAUCGUCUCAUGUCGCACGUCUCGGAGCAAUGCGCUGCCCUGCUCGCGCCCACCGUCGAGACACGCGUAAAUGGGGAGGCAGUCAUCGCCGAAGUAUUCAACAUCAACCUCAAAGGAAGGCACUUUCGCAAUGUGGCUGGGUGCAGAGUCACCAACGGCGUACUGAGUCGAAACAGCCAGGUGCGGGUGCUGCGCGGCGACGAGCGCAAGGUCAUCUAUGAGGGCAAGCUCGACAGCCUGCGGCAGAUCAAGCGGGAAGUCGAGGAGAUGCGCAAGGGCACAGAAUGCGGCCUUGGCUUCGAGGGCAUGUGGGGAGCCUUUGAAAAGGGCGACAUCGUGCAAUGCAUCCACAACGUAGAGGUUCCCCGGAAGUUGUAA